AUGUCCGACAAACAAUUACAGCCCCAUAUUAAUAUUCCGAUUGAGAUAACAGAUAUACCGCUUUUCAAUGAUUCACUGCAAAAUAUUAAAGAUCGAUUUGUUUCUGAGAUGAAACGGAUAGAUGAAGAAAUGACCAAAUUUAGUACAAACUUAAUGGGUUUAUAUGGAACCGACAACUUGACAACAUCAAAGGAAACUCCUGGAAAACCUCUGAAUUGGGAAAGCCUUAAUACCUCUCCUCUUAUUGAAGGAGAAGGAGAAAACAGAAUGAUAAAACUGCAGUUUGAUUUGAGCGAAUUUGAUCCUACUGAGGUCAACGUGAACAUCAUCAACAACCUUCUUCAAGUGACAGCGAACCACGAGUACAAAACAGACACAAGCACCACCCCGAAGGAGUACCGUCGCGAGUUCCACCUUCCACCAGGAGUUGACCCUGAAAGGGUGGUGUCCUCGUUAACUAAAGAGGGGGUGUUAGUGGUACAGGCCCCCUUACCACUAUUAGAAAAACCUUUGGCUAUUAAAUAA